AUGACGGAGGCUACAACAAGACUCCAUAUCUGUCCUUUCACUCCAGAUCUACUCCCAUCCAUUAUCCCAGCGUCAAUUCGACCUUCAGCUACCGAUAUCUCAUUUCACUCCAUUCCCACCUUCCCCGAGAACAGCUACGGUUAUAUCACUCUGCCCAUCAUGGACGCAGAUAAAAUCAAGCGGAAGCUGAACGGGUCCAUUCUCAAGGGAAAAAAGUUCAAAAUCGAGGCCGCCCGCCCUUCAAAGCGACAGAGAAGUGAAGAAGAUGCAGAUACCGAAACACCGGUGAAGUUGAAGAAAAAGUCAAAGAAGAUCAAGGCAGAGAGCAAGCCAGAAGAGGGUGUGAUUGAUGGCUACGAAAUUACCUCGGACCGGAAAGUGAAGAGAGGCUGGACAGAGCCCAAUUCCAAGAAGCAUACGAAGAAGAGCAAAGAGGACAAGAAGGAGAAGCCACAACCCAAAUCCAAAUACACUGAGAAGUCAGAGUGCUUAUUUCGAACGAAUAUCCCUCCUAAUAGGUCCGACACCUCAGACCAUAAAAAGAGUAAGAAAAACAAGAGCCCAUCGGAGUCGGUCGUCCAUGAGUUUGCGAAAACUGCCUCGUUUCCCAGUUUCUUGCGCGACAGUAGUGAUAAGUCAGCGCCGACAGCGAAUUUCGAAGAGGAAUCAGGCUGGGUGGACACCACUGGAAACGUGAAGGAGGCCGUGAGCCAGAAAAUUCGAAAGAAGGAUUACCAGCCUGGCAAAGUUCCUGGUGUCAAAGAGAAAGCACCAAAACUGUCAAAGUUCUCAAAGUCGUCAAAGAAAGAGCCUACUCCGGAACCUGCAAGUGAAUCGGAAGAUUACACUUCAUCAAGUGGCUCCUCCAGUGAAAGCUCAGACCCUGAUUCGGACUCGGACUCUGAGACUCAGUUGAGCGACUCAGCUGAGCCGUCUCAGUCUGAAAAGGAAAAGGAUGCGAAAUUUGCAAAAGAAACCGAACCAGCUGUCGUGGCUUCAGCUUCAGAAUCAGACGCAAAGUCGGCUGGUGAACCUACACAAUAUACCGACGAUCAGGCAGCCAAAGAAAUUCACCCAUUGGAAGCCCUCUUCAAACGGUCUGCUCCAGCAGAUUCCGAAAAUCAACCAGCACCAGAAGAGAAUGCCGGGUUCAGUUUCUUUGGUACAAACGACGACAUCGAGUCUGAGGAUGAAACGACCGAACCUCAAACUCCUUUCACUCCUUUCGGCAAAAAAGAUCUCCAGGAUCGUGGUAUGCGAAGUGCGGCACCCACGCCCGAUACGUCUGCGGCGACUCGACACAUGAACUGGAACGAGAGUGAUGAAGAUAUGGAGGACGAGGAAGAGGAAGAGGAAAUUGGCGCUGACACUCCCGUUUCCAAGUCACGUGGAACAGAUAAUAAUGAGGAGACUGGAUUCACCAAAUGGUUCUGGGAGAACCGUGGUGAAAACAACCGGUCCUGGAAGAGGAGGCGACGUGAUGUAGGCAAGGAGCAGAGACAGCGUGAGAACCGGAAGAAUCCUGGCCAAAAGGGCAGGUCUUAA